GUCAGCCGGGAUUGGAAGGGGAGACAGCAGCGUGGGCGGCUGGCGGACCAGCAGAGAGGAAAGAGAAACGGAGAGGGAGGAAGAAAGAAGGGGAAUCUGAGGGAGAGGAGGAAACAGCGGCGGUGGGGACGGGGAGAGAGAGAGAAAGAGAAAGAGGAAGAGCUUGAGUGUGAGGGAGAGAGAGGGGGAGAGAACGAGAUGGAGAUCUAAGGAAAAGAGACUCAGAGUCAGAGAAGAAAAGAUCUGGAACAGAAACAGAAAGACUGGAAGAGAAAGUGCUGGGGGGGGGGGGGGGAGGGGGUGCGGGCAGGGGAGAGAAUGAGCCAGAGAGACUGGAAGAGACAGAUUAGAGACAGACGAGCUGGGGCCAGAGACAAGGUGUUAGGAGCCUCAAAAAAGGCAAGAGGGACCAGAAGUGACACAAAGCAAGAAGUGUGCGAGUGAGCAGGUGAGAAGGCAGACAGGUCUGAGAGGCAGCACCCAAGAGCCAGAAAAGGAGGGAGACUGCAGCUGGGUGCCCCAGCGCCCGCACGGCGCUCUUACCCCCAUCCUUGGGACCCCAGAGCUGCCUCCUCCGACCUGCGAGCCCCUGACCCCGUCUCUGUCCCCAGCCGGGUCAGCUGCAGAGACACGCACACAGCCCCUUUCUUUCUCUCCCCAAGCCCUUGAUGGAGGAGGGCAGACCCCGGAGCAGCCUCAGCCUGGCCAGCAGCGUCUCCACCAUCUCCUCCCUGGGCAGCCUGCGCACCAAGAAGCCUACCCGGGCAGUAAGCAAAGUGCACGCCUUCGGGAAGAGAGGCAAUGCACUCAGAAGGGACCCCAACCUCCCGGUGCACAUCCGAGGCUGGCUUCAUAAGCAGGACAGCUCCGGGCUGCGCCUCUGGAAACGCCGCUGGUUCGUCCUCUCCGGCCAUUGCCUCUUCUAUUACAAGGACAGCCGCGAGGAGAGCGUCCUGGGCAGCGUCCUGCUGCCAAGCUACAGUAUCAGGCCAGAUGGGCCAGGAGCCCCCCGAGGGCGGCGCUUCACCUUCACCGCUGAACACCCAGGCAUGAGGACCUAUGUUCUGGCCGCUGACACGCUGGAGGACCUGCGGGGCUGGCUGAGGGCGCUGGGCCGGGCCUCUCGCGCAGAGGGGGACGAUUACGGGCGACCCAGGUCACCUGCACUUCCCCAGCCAGGAGAGGGCCCUGGCGGCCCCGGUGGCCCCCCGGAGGUGAGCAGAGCGGAAGAGAGGCACAGCUUAGAAUCACCGGAGGUGGCUCGGCUGUCCAGAGGUCGCGGACGACCUGGGCUGCUCACUCCCAGCCCCACAGCCGACCUCCAGUCUGGACCUCGGAUCCGGAGGACUAGGAGCCCCGAUCUGUUCACACCCCUCUCUCGCCCUCCAUCCCCUCUGAGCCUCCCCCGGCCCCGUUCUGCUCCUGCGCGCAGACCCCCUCCGACCUCGGGUGACAUAGCACCUCUUGCCAGACCCCAUACCCCUCUGAGUCGCAUCGAUGUCCGGCCUGCCCUGGAUUGGGGCCCCCAGCGCCAGACACUCUCUAGGCCCCCCACUCCCCGGAGAGGACCUUCCUCUGAGGCUGGGGGAGGAAGACCCCCCAGGAGUCCCCAGCACUGGAGUCAGGAGGCCAGAACACAGGUCAGCGGAGAGGCCCCCUCUGGCUCCACGUAUCUCCAGCUACCCCCGAGAGCUCCCGGGACCCGGGCUUCCAUGGUUUUAUUGCCGGGUCCCCCCCUAGACUCAGCUUUUCACCAAAGCUUGGAGACAGAUACUCUGUUGACCAAGUUGUGUGGGCAGGACCGGCUCCUGAGGAGGCUACAGGAGGAGAUAGACCAGAGGCAAGAGGAGAAGGAGAAGCUAGAAGCAGCCUUGGAGUUGACCAGGCAGCAGCUGAGCCAAACAACCAGGGAGGCCGCGGCUCCAGGGAGGGCCUGGGGGCGCCAGCGCCUCCUGCAGGACCGACUGGUCAGUGUGAGGGCCACUCUCUGUCACCUGACUCAGGAGCGAGAGCGGGUUUGGGACACAUACAACAGCCUGGAACAGGAACUGGGCAGCUUGAGAGAGACUCUGGAGUACCUGCUGCACCUUGGUUCUCCCCAGGACAGAGCAUCUGCUCAGCAGCAACUAUGGAUGGUGGAAGACACGCUGGCAGGUCUGGGGGGCCCCCAGAAACCACCCCCCAACGCUGAACCUGACUCCCCAUCCCCUGCACUCCAAGGCGAGGAGUCCUCAGAGAGGGAGAGCCUGCCUGAGUCCUUGGAACUGAGCUCAUCCAGGUCCCCUGAGGCUGACUGGGGGCGGCCGCCCGGGGGUGACAGAGACCUCCCCAGCCCUCGCUCAGGUCUUGGAUCUCCAAGGGUCUCCCGGGCCUCCAGCCCUGAGAGUCGUCGUCCUGUUUCCCCACCGCCAGGAACCAAGGCCCCCCUCGCCCGGCCUCGGAUGAGUGCCCAAGAGCAGAUGGAGAGAAUACGCAGAAACCAGGAGUUUGGACGGCCUCUCCCUCGCCCUGCUUCCCCCCGGCACCUCACUCUGGGGAGAACACUGUCCCCAGCCAGACGCCAGCCUGACAGAGAACAAAGGCCUGUCCAGGGACACUCAGGAGCCCCCAAAUGGCUCAGAAGCUCUGGAUCCUGGAGCAGUCCGAGGACCACCACCCCUUAUUUGCCAACAUCCGAAGGUCACCGGGAGAGAGUCCUCAGCCUCUCUCAAGCUCUGGCCACUGAGGCGUCGCAGUGGCACAGAAUGAUGACAGGUGGAAAUUUGGACUCCCGAGGAGACCCUCUUCCCCCCGCGCCACCGCCUCCGUCAGAUCCCACCCCCCAGGUGACCUCGCCUCCGAGGUCUCCAGUGGCUAAUUCCAGUAAUUCCAGCUCGGCUGGGUGCUCCCACCGGGGUAGUGGGCGUGGCGCAGGCCCCGCCUCUUGGGAGCCCACGUGGGAAUCCGGGACCGCCCCUCCCGCCCUGACCCAAGAAGAGGGGGCGUGGCCUCUGCGGGUCACUCUGCUGCAGUCCAGCUUCUGACCUGCCCCACGCAAGCGCCGCAGCCAAUCGGGACGUGAGGGCGUGGCCUCGAGGUACCGCCCGGAGAUCUGGAGCCACUCAGGGCGCAGUGGGGGCGUGGUCUGGUCCCCAGGGUGGCCCGAGGAGAAGUGUAUAUCGCCAAAGUUUGAUUUUUCCCAACACUUGUCCAAAUUCGGAUUAAAACUUUGAACUUUUA